AUGGUGGCCUCAGUACUAUCCAGUAUGCUGCCAACUUGGACAAUAUCUAUUGUUAUAGCCAAUAAUACUGAUGGGCUCAAUGUGGAAAGUGGGCUGCAAGAGGAAUUGGCAACUGGGCUAGAAGAUCUGCCAAGAAGAACCUUUAUGCAGGAAAUGGUGUCUCAGAUGGCAGCCUUAACUGCUCAUCUUAGGCCAACAAUUGGUGUUCCUUCUCAGUUUCCGGCGUUGGGUGCCAUCGCUCCUUCAUCUACUGCAAGUGGUGCGUCACCUCUUCUCCACCACAAACGUGCUUUGAUUGAGAUAAGUCAUUUUAAUGGAGAUAACCCAGAGGCUUGGGUCUUCCAGGUUGAGCGCUAUUUUAAUUUUUGCUUUAUUAAUGAGAAUGAGAAGCUCAUUAUUGCUUCCUUUUAUCUCGAAGGUCGUUUAGCAAAGCUGCAACAAUCCACUACCGUCGCUGAUUAUCAAGCUCGGUUUGAGGCCUUAUCAAAUGAAACGCUUCUUCUAUUAGAAGAGGGUCCUUCGGAUCCUAACAUUCCUCCAGAUCUCUUUGUUACAAAUGAAGUUUUAGCUGAGGAAUUACAAUAUCUCGAGGUCCAACAACACUCUGCAAUUUCAUAUCAUGCAUUGGUAGGUGGGAAUUCCUCUACUACCCUGCGUUUUAAAGGUGAAAUUAAUGGUUCUCAUCUCCAUGUUCUCGUAGAUGGGGGAAGCACAGAUAACUUUAUUCAACCUCAUGCUGCUAAGUUUUUGAAUCUAAAGGUGGAAGCCACACCUCGAUUUUUGGUGGUAGUUGGUAGUGGCCAAAGGCUUUCUUGUGCGGGAGUAGUACGAAAUAUGAAGUUGUUGGUCCAGGAAUGUAGUUUGACUUUGGACCUUUAUGUCUUGGAUUUACAUGGUGCGGAAGUUGUCUUAGGGGUAUCUUGGUUAGCAACAUUAGGUCCGGUGGUUACCGACUAUCAUGAGCAUAUCUUUGAAUUUUCCCUUGGUGGCAAUCGUUACAGAUGGAAUGGGAACCACCCAUUGACGUGCAACCAGUCCAAUUACAGAGUAUUCGACGUUUGGCAGAACUGGAUGGCAUAUCAUGUUAUUCGGCUUGAGUUAGUAGCUGAUAUAGCACUUACAACUCCAAAUUAUCCUACGGAAUUGUCGUCUCUACUCCAUACUUUCAAAGAUAUUUUCUGUAAACCGCAAGGUUUGCCUCCAUCCAGAACGCAAGAUCAUGCAAUUCACUUGCAGCCUCAAGUAGGUCCAGUGAAGGUUAAACCUUACAGAUAUCCCUAUUUUCAAAAGCAAGUGAUGGAACAACUUGUCUCUAAGAUGUUGAAGGAAGGAGUGAUUUGCCCUAGCACUAGUCCCUUCUCUUCUCUAGUAUUGUUAGUGCGCAAAAAGGACGGCACAUGGAGAUUCUGUAUGGAUUAUCGCGCCCUAAAUGAUAUCACUGUAAAGGAUCAUUUCCCUAUGCCGACCAUUGAUGAGUUGUUUGAUGAGCUUCAUGGUGCAAGAUAUUUCUCAAAGUUAGAUUUAUUAUCAGGCUAUCACCAAAUUCGUGUCCGACCCGAAGAUGUACCAAAAACGGCAUUUCGAACUCAUGAGGGACAUUACGAGUUCUUAGUCAUGCCCUUCGGGUUAUCCAAUGCUCCGUCAACUUUUCAGGCCACCAUAAAUGCGGUGUUUAGGCCACAUCUUCAACGAUUCGUUUUGGUAUUCUUCGACGAUAUUCUAGUUUACAGUGGAUCUUGGGACUUACACUUGGAGCACUUGUCUUUGGUUCUCCAACUACUGAGAGACCAUCAGUUGGUGGCAAAAGAGUCGAAGUGCUUUAGUGCAUGCCAUUACCGGAGAUUUAUUCGUCAGUAUGCCACCAUUGCUGGACCUUUGAUAGAUUUGCUUCGUAAGGAACCAUUCCAAUGGAACGAACGGGAACAAGUUUCUUAUGAGACACUCAAGCAGGCUUUAGAAUCUACUCCAAUACUGUACAAACCCGGGAAAAAUAACUUAGCUGCAGAUGCUUUGUCACGGACUCUUGAAAGCUCAUUCCUAGCUAUUUCGGGUCGCAAACUUGAUAUUGUCAUUGAAUUGCAGCGUGAAAAUCAGUCUCAUCCUGAGCUUUUAGCGGUACAACAGCUACUGCAAAAUUCCACAAAUGGAGCAACUGACUAUUUUUUUCGUGAUGGACUACUACUCUUCCGAGGGCGUUUGGUGGUACUUUCUGAUUCUACCCAAUUCUUGAUGAAUUUCAUUCUUCCUUGGUUGGUGGUCAUGCGGGGGUCGCACGCACUUUCCACUGCCUUUCCUCCAAUUUCUUUUGGAAGGGAAUGUGAAAAGAUGUUCAGGCCUUUGUGGCUUCGUGUCAAGUUUGCCAACAAAUGA